AUGUCGGUCCAGUUACCAACUCCAGCUCGCCUAAUCACUUUGCGCUCAUGUAUACGAGCAAUCCGCGCUUCAGGCUCGCCAAACCACGUUAAUCGUCGGCCAUUCAGUGGCAUAGGAGCAGAUUUACAAAAGCACAAAAUAGCGAUAACUCCUAAUAGUGCAUCGAGCAAGAAAUGGGAGAAGCUUUCGAAGGGCCAAAAAAUUGCACGAACAGCAAGCACGGGGGCAAACUUCGCAACAAUUGUCGUUGGGGCGGUCUUAACUGUGAGCAAAGAAACUAAGUGCCGGGAUAGAUUAUGAUCUAGCUUUUGAAUACUGAUCCGAAUACGCAGGGAGCCAUCCUGGCGAUACUCUAUACCGAAGUCUUUGCACCUAAUUCUGUUCCAAAUUGGUUCAACAAUGUCCACAACAGAAUCAAGGCAGAUUCACGCUGUACCAAGCUACUGGGGGAUAGGAUUAAGGCGUACGGGGAACCCACAUCAAACCGUUGGUCCCGGAACAGGCCAAUUGCGUAUGUUCCUCCGUCUUUUUUCUGUCUUCCGAGGGGGUGAGAGGGUGAGGGACGUAUGGUGCACAUAUUGAAUCAAGUGCUAACGGAUCCAUUGGGCAGUUCGAGAACUCGUAAAGACAAGCAUGGCACAGAACAUUUAAUCAUGCACUUUAACGUAUGUUAUUGUCUAAUCGGGGAUCAAACAUAUCACUCACGUACGAGUCGCAGGUUGAGGGCACCGUCGGCAAGGGAGUUGUCAAUGCUCACCUGACAAAGAGACCUGGGGAAUCGAAAUACGAGUACAAGUAUCUGUUCCUCGAUGUUCCCGGUACGAAAAUAACCCGAGGAUACGAAGAGGCAAAACGUGUAACAACACAAAUCUCGCUAACGACUGGUAGGCAAACCUCGGGUAUACUUAGAAAACCAAAGGGAUAGGGAUAUCGGCGAAAGUGAGAAAAAGAAAGGGCUCUUUGGUGUUCAAUGGGGGUGGUAAUCGAAGCCUUAUGAGGGGAGGACCAAGCGAAUCGGCAUGUGUGUGUGGGUGUAGAGUGUAGCUGUGGUAAAGAUAUUAGCAUACAAUGGAAUGCUUAAUGAGGUUUUAAGAGACGAGGCAAGCACCCAGAUCCCCUCCCUUUGCAUAGUUUUUGGACGAAAGCUGAACAAUUUGGCGAGGUUUGCUCAUGAUUACUACAAAGUAAACAGUCAAUAUGGACAAUCUUCCAGAAAGAAAGAAGAUUAAUAUUACUGAGAGGUAGUACUGUAAGUGAUAGGUGGGGGGGGGGCGAUUUCGCCCCAGUGACAGUAAUGACCGUCCAGUGGAGUCUGUGGUUCCUUCCCAUCGUUCGCCAAAGAGGGCCAAUUAUCGGGCGCGCCAUCCCCGUUACAGCAUUCGCUCACCCCGGUAACGUAGGACAAAAAGGCUGGGCGCUUCUCGCUUGCCGGUGCCCGUGACAGGCUAAACCGUCAACACUUCACUCUCCCUCGCUUCAUUGGCAACCCUCAGUGCACAUUUCCAACUACCACCAUUCCCACCACCACACAGGAUCUCCCUCGGUUCAGCAUUAUUCCCACCAUUAAUCGAGCCGGAAGGUUGGCCCAAAUAAGAAAUCUCACACCUCUAGUCUUUCCGGCCUGUUUGACCACGGACGCCCUCCCGCCCAACACAUGGACAAGUAAAUUCGCCCAUAGUUACUUGUACUUAAUUAUAUCAUACAAGGCCGUCAGCCUUAAAUAUGGACCGAACUGCCCCCAUGUUACUGCCACCGCUGCGGAGUCCUCACCUCACGAACACCAAGAAAAGGCCUCACGGAAUAUACCGAAUCCUUAUCAUUAUCGUUACCUUCUUGAUCUUGGGGAACUAUCUACCAUGGCAAAGGAAUUUUUGGUCCUCGGCCGUCCGCUCACAUCAACCACCACUCCUCCAACAAUGCCAGCCGGGGAGCCAGCGAUAGUUUCAGGAGCGGAUUCAUUCUCCAAACUCCCAACAGAGAUUAUAAGCAAUAUAUUUUCUUACCUGUCAUACAAUGAUCUCUCCAGCUGCCUAUCAAUCUGUCGUGAAGUGAGUAAAAAGCCACCACCCACAUACAAUCCAACCCGCCCAUAAGCACUACCAUAAAAUAGAAAUCGCCGAAAAGGCUAUAAAAAAAUCACACGAUCCAAUAUUAACCCAGAAUUACCUUCUUUCCCAGUGGUAUUACAUCGGCAACGACCCCCUCCUCUGGAACGAGCUAGACCUCAGCAACCUCCGCAACACAUCCCUCCCACACUUCCUCGUGCCCCGAACCCUCCACAGGCGCUUGACAACCUGCCGCUCGCUCACCAUCGACGCACCCAUUUCAAUCGGCGUGCACCACAUCUUAACCCUCCUAAAAUGCGCUUCGCAAUCCCCAAACCUGUGCUCCCUGACCCUAACUUCAAUUCCAAACAUCCGCUCACAGACCAAAGCCCUCGAGCAAUUCUUCCUGUCCGUCAAAUCGCGAAACCUGCAACACGUGGACCUAUCCAAAAUCUCGAUAAGCACAUCCGUCAUUCAAGCACUCCUGCAGACCUCCCGGAAAACGCUAAAAAGCCUGGACCUCGAGUUCUCGAACGUCGAGGACCCUGUGCUGCGUGCCAUCGCUCAGUUCGAGGCGCUGGAGCACCUUUCAUUGCUGGACUGCUUCUCGCUGAGCAAGCCCGGACUACGCUCCUUCCUAUCGAAACGCCUACCGGCGAGCGUGCGCGUGCUAAAGAUUUGUUGGCUGCCAGAUGUUAGGAUCGGUUGGUUGUACGAGUUGCUCACGAAGCCGGGGAACAGGAUUGAGAAGAUCGACGUUAGGGGCUGCGACAGGUUGACAUUGGGGGAUCUGAGGUGCUUACAAAAGAUCAAGCCCGAGCUUGAGAUGGUCCAUACGGCACUGCUGGAGGAGGAGAGUGUUUGGGGGUAUCGGAAGUAUCUUGAGUAUAUGGGAAGCCUGGCCCCACCGCCGCCGCUGGUGGGAGCAGCCGCGCAAGGGCCAAAGAGGGAACCUUUCCCCGCUAUUUCUACCAAGCAGAGCUCAAUACUUGCCAGCACGGUACCGGAGUAUGGGGUGCCGUAGGAACGGUACGGCAGAUGUUCAUCGGGAGUAGAUUAACCGGCAAUUUCGGUGUUUUUGUUUCCAUCUUAUCUUCUUAGCAUAGUUAGCACUUCCCGGCACUUUUUAGCACAUCCAUUCCUUUGUCUUGACGACUGUGCCUAUCCCAGUUCACGAUAAACUUCCUGCUGUAUUCCUUUUUUCACUCAUCUCGCUCGUUUUCCGUCGUCAAUAGAUCUACAAUUUCAAACCCGCAAACUUACCCACG